AUGCUCAGGAGGAGUGCCACUCCAGACAUGGAACUUUCACAGAAAGCUCUCCAAAUCAAGCAAGAUGACAAGUUUUUCUCUAGGCUUCUCUCCAAGGAAAGCUCCAUGGCUAACCCAUCUUUUAGAGUGUACUAUGGUGGAGUGUCUGUUGCUGUCCCGUUCGUGUGGGAGUCUCAGCCUGGUACCCCUAAGUCCACAUUUUGUGAAAAUACACUCCCUCCUCUAACUCCACCUCCCUCUUUCUAUACAAAUUCUAAUGAAAAACCCAUGAAGAAACACUCAAGAUCCAGUCUUUUACACUUGUUGUUCCCAAGGAGCAAUCUCAAGAAAACCAAUGUGUCCACUUCAGCGAAAAAUUUGUCACCAACAUCAUCUUCUGCAUCAUGGUCACCAUUGAAUUCAUCAACUCUUCAAACUCCAAGAAAGUACCAUGAGAGGAGCAGGUUUUCUAUCCGUGGAUCAUCAUUUGAUUCAAGGGUUUUUGAUGAUGUUGAAGAAUCACACAUGGGAUCAUCACCUACUUCAACUUUGUGUUUUGGCAUUGGUGGGAGAAGUGCUACCGGUGGGCUUCGAGGAUGCUAUGGUGUGUGGUAG